UAAUGACCUUGCAGUCCCCACCUCUCUGUAUCCAUACACAGGAAGAAACCUUUAACUUCCUUUCCUCUCCGCAAAUUCUACAGCUGCGGCAACAGCGUCCCAGAAAAGGGGCUGGGUUAAGUGACUCGUCCAAGAUCGCAUAAGUAGUAUCAGAGAGGAGGUCUGAAUCCAGGUCUCCCGACUCCACGGUCCGCUGCUUUCCACACCACUUCCAAACUUCCAUGCUUUCGGGACGCCUACCUCAUAGAAGAAAGCACAUCCACGCAGGCAUGCACAGUGAGAAAGAGUGCUUGUAUACGCGCACGCACGCACACACACACGCGCGCGAAUAUUCCAUUCUGUGGAAGGGGCGAGGGGAGUGAGAGGGGGUGCCCAGCCCCAUGUGGCGAGGAACCUCUCUCCUGGGAUUUGGUCUCGGUGAUUGGAGCUCCGUAAGCAGCAGCAAACGGCCGCCAGGCGCGGUGGUGAGAGAAGACAUGAAAGGAAACGCGAAAACACUUCAGAUAUCCGAGUAAUAAGUCGGCGCUCGCCCGCUCGCUCGCUCGCAGAGCGCCAGGCAGGCCGGGGCCGGGGGGAACAAGGUGGGCGACCGUUACCCACGCCGCGGCGGUGACAUCACCCCGCGUGGGCCCUCUCUCUGACCUGUCGGCUCGGGACCCGACAGGUCAUUAGACAGCACUCCAAGCUGACCGCUCGGCGCCGCCCGCCCGGGGCCGGGAGGGGCCUCGGAGUCCCGGGCGCUGCGUGCUCUCGUCCCUCGGUGCAAGGCGAGCCAGCACUCCCAAGUGGGCUCGGAGCGAAGACGUGGACGCAGAAAUGCGCCCGCGGGAGGGGACCGGCACGCUCUCCACCUGACCCUGGGGCUCCGGAGCCAACAUCCCAGAGGGGCUGGGGACCCGAUACUCCCCCCCCCAACCCGGGUCGCGGCUGCACCCCCGGCACCUUUUUGCGCGGUACCCCCCUGUGGAAAGAGGGGAGAGGGUGGGAGCCCGGAGGAGAGAAACAAGCGCAGCAGAGCCCCGCUUUCUCCUGACUCCGAGAGGCGUCCCGGUGCUUAUAGGGACCCCAGAGGCGAGGGACGCCCAGCGGGGAGCGGGUAGGCUGAGUGGGGGGGAAGGGGGAAGCGCCGCUGAAUCCGGGAAGCCCAGGCGUCCGCGGAGGCGGCGCGGGGCCCCUUUAAGGCUCUCCCCUCCCACCCGGCGAGGCCGGCCCCCCGCCUGCCCUCUCUCCCCGCCCCGGGGUCCCUGGGAGAGCAGCGAUUGGGCGGGCGCGGCUAUCCCUUUGAAGUGUGGCUGCCGAUCGCGGGUAUUUGACGUGUGGCUAAGGGAAGGGGAAGGUUUUUGUGUUCUUCGCCGGGGCCAGCGGCGGCGGUGCUGGCGGUGACGGCGGCAGCGGCGCUGGCAGCGGAGGAGGGAGGUGGUGGAGGAGGAGGAGGAGGAGGAGCGGUUGGCUGCUGCACCCCGCUCGGCACUGCGGAGCGAGCCCGCCCGCUCCGGGAGCUCGUCUCCCCGGUGCUCCCCCUCCCCGCCCCCCCGUCCCCGCCCGUGGCGCUGCCUCCUCCAAAUGAGCGAUUCGCCCGCUGGAUCUAACCCAAGGACACCGGAAAGCAGCGGCAGCGGCGGCGGCGGCGGCGGCGGCGGCAGUGGCAGCAGCCAGAGCGGCGGCGGAGGGAAGAGACCAGCGGUCCCGGCGGCGGUGUCCCUCUUGCCUCCGGCGGACCCCCUGCGGCAGGCAAACCGACUCCCCAUCAGGGUACUGAAGAUGCUGAGCGCGCACACCGGCCACCUCUUGCACCCGGAAUACCUGCAGCCGCUUUCCUCCACUCCAGUCAGCCCCAUCGAGCUGGACGCCAAGAAAAGCCCGCUGGCGCUGCUGGCCCAAACCUGUUCGCAGAUCGGCAAACCUGAUCCACCGCCCUCUUCCAAGCUCAACUCGGUGGCGACGGCGGCCAACGGGCUUGGGGCGGAGAAGGACUCUGGCCGCUCCGCCUCAACCGCCUCCUCCGCUUCGGCGGCUCUCAAGCAGCUAGGGGACUCACCGACGGAAGACAAGUCCAGCUUCAAACCCUACUCCAAAGGGUCCGGCGGGGAUUCCCGCAAAGACGGAGGUUCUUCUUCCACUUCUUCGUCCUCCUCUUCUUCUUCCUCCCCUGGGGACAAGGCAGGGUUUAGGGUGCCCAGCGCAGCUUGCCCGCCUUUCCCCCCGCACGGAGGUCCCGUCUCAGCUUCUUCUUCCUCCUCCUCCCCCGGCAACUCCCGGGGCGGCUCGCCGCACCAUACGGACUGCAAGGGCAGCGGCGGCGGUGGAGGCGGCGGCGGCGGGAGCGGAGGGGACCUGGAUAAAAAAGAUCAAGAGCCCAAACCCAGCCCGGAGGCGGGAACCGGGAGCCGAAGCGCCGAGCCAGCAUCGCACAGCGGAGAGGCUGGGUCUUCUGGGCGCAAGUCUGAGCCGCCCGCGGCGCUGGUGGGCGCCGGCCACGUGGCACCGGUAUCUCCGUACAAACCCGGGCACUCGGUGUUCCCCUUGCCACCUUCCAGCAUCGGCUAUCACGGCUCCAUUGUAGGCGCCUACGCCGGGUACCCUUCCCAGUUCGUGCCUGGUCUGGAUCCUAGCAAAUCCGGGCUGGUGGGGGGCCAGCUGUCCGGGGGGUUGGGCCUGCCUCCCGGCAAGCCCCCCAGCUCCAGCCCACUGACGGGCGCCUCGCCACCCUCAUUCCUGCAGGGAUUAUGCCGGGACCCCUACUGCCUGGGAGGUUACCAUAGCGCCUCUUCACACCUGGGCGGCUCUAGCUGCUCCACUUGCAGUGCCCAUGAACCCGCCGGGCCUAGCCUAAAGCCGGGGGGUUACCCGCUGGUGUACCCAGGCCAUCCACUCCAGCCCGCAGCCCUCUCCUCCAGCGCGGCGCAGGCUGCGCUCCCGGGACAUCCUCUCUACACCUACGGCUUCAUGCUACAGAACGAACCGCUACCACACAGCUGCAACUGGGUGGCGGCCAGUGGACCGUGUGACAAGCGCUUCGCCACCUCGGAGGAGUUGCUCAGCCACCUACGGACCCACACGGCCCUCCCUGGCGCCGAGAAACUACUAGCCGCUUACCCCGGGGGGUCGGGUCUGAGCAGUGCAGCCGCCGCUGCCGCUGCAGCUUCCUGUCAUCUACAUCUCCCUCCACCCGCCGCCCCCGGUAGCCCCGGGUCGCUGUCCUUGCGGAGUCCACAUACUUUGGGGUUAAGCCGGUACCACCCCUAUGGCAAGAGCCACUUACCUACAGCUGGGGGCUUAGCUGUGCCAUCCCUACCCACAGCAGGACCCUACUACUCGCCAUAUGCGCUCUACGGACAGAGACUAGCCUCAGCCUCAGCUCUUGGAUACCAGUAACUACAGCCUCUUCUCCUCCCCUGCCCUUACCCUCUGCCCAGCCUCCUUUUCCACCUCCUUACUGCCACCAACCCCACCACCACCACCACCACCACCACGGGCAGCAGCCUCCUCCACCACUCUUCCCUCUUUGCAUUCCCCUUCCCGACCCCACCCUCCUGGACUGUGUAUUUAUUUACUGUACUAUUAGCUUACAAGCUGGGAAUAUAAGUGCAUUAAUGGCCCACGAGUCAAUGUUAUGCAAAAAGUCUGUGUCCCCUCCCCCCCCCCAAUAAUAAUGAUAAUUAUCAAGUGAACAAAGGAUCCCCACACCUCUUCCUUGCUAUUUUUUUUCUCUUAGUCAGGUUUGGGUUUUAGAGUUGCUUCUCUACCCCUCCCCUCGGUUUCUUUUUUGAUUGGUUUGGUUUUAUUGGGAGGAGGGGGAUUGGGGUUCUUGGAUUCUUGGGGUUUUUGUUCCUUUUCUGGGGAGUUUCUUGCAUGAUUCUUGACAUUCGAAACUACAUUGUUCCUUCUAUCCACCUUUUUCCUCGUUUCCAUUGGCGUUUUGUUUUGUUUUGUUUUUCUUUUGUACAGGUAACAGAGGUGAUUUUUAAAAUAUAUAUAUAUGCAUAUAUAUAUAUUUGGAGGGAAGGGAAAUCAGGCAGGCCGAAAGUUGGAUGGCAGGGCUGUCUUUUUUGCUCCUGAGCUUUGCCCCACCCUCCCUUUGGCACUGCCUCUCUUCCCCUCCAUGCUCCACUUCAAGGCACUGGGCCUGAAGGCACAGAAACCUUCUUUGACCUGCAGCCAAGAAGCCCCUCUGGGUCCCUGGCAGCAGUUUUUCCGAUAUUGAGUCCCAAACAGCCCAACUGAGCAUUUCCAUUCACCCAUACACCCCAAAAAAUACACGGUCAGGAGUCUUCUUGCCAAAAGGGAUGGGUAAUACAAUACCCUAGGGAACCUAAUCAUCAGGGCCCACCUUAAUUAAAAGUUCUAGAUGGGCCUGCAGCGUGAAAGCCUGGCUCUUUCUAGUCUACCAAGUGCUUUAUAGCCCUUUCUUUUCUUUUUCUUUUUUUUUUUUUUUUUUUUUUUAAUCCCCUAUUGGGGCAGCAACCCUUGAUGUACAGGAGAGAAAGGGGGACUCUCUCCUCAGACAUCUCCAGAUCGGGAGACCAGUCUAAUGUUUUUUAAAUUAAAUGACAUCUUAAUACAAUUGAACAAACAUUUGGAGGGAGGAAGAAAACUAGAUAGAAACCCCCUUCCGAAUCUCCACAGGCCUCAAGCUUUCAGUCCCUACCUGGUUCAGCUCCCCCGAGCCGGCAGGCAAGCGGGCAAGGCAUAUUAGAUGCCUUUGGCACUCCCUCCCGCCUCUCCGGCCUGCUCCCCAGCCCCUCCCAUUCUCCCCCUUACUCCCCCACAGUCUUGCGCAGCGCGGAGGCUGUGGGGCCAGUUUUGGAUGAAUAGAGCUCUCCGUUGGUAAGACUUAUUUUGUUAAUAAAUGGAAUACUUGGCUAUAUUCA